AUGGUGCAAGUGACGACGGUCUACCCAACCGCAUACUUUACACCUGCCGAAGUGACAUUUCUGUCCUGCGUAUCCAGCGAUCAGAGAAAUCUCUCCGUCGCUUCUGGUUUCGGUGCCGGUGCUGCCGUCUCCUCGUCGUCGUCGUCGUCGUGGCAGCCGCAAGCGCACAGUUUGGAUGUAAAGACGACGCAAUCCAUCCAACAUCUGCUCGCGCUCGUACAAUCCCUCGGCGCAGCUUUGCGCUUCCCGCAAAGAACUUGCAGUACGGCGCAAGCGGUGCUGCUGCGUUUGCUUUUGCAUCAUGGAGCCAAUGCGAAGCGCAUGGCUGGCUUGCUGCUAGGCGGCGGGCAAGGAGUAGCGCAAGAGGGACAACAGCAGAGAGAAGCUUUGGCUUGCGCUUGCAUCGCUUUGGCGGGCAAGCUGAACGAUACGAAUAGAAAGAUGAGGGAUGUGCUUUUGGGAAGUUAUAAGCUCAGGUUUCCGGAUCUGGUCAGGAGGGGAAGAGUGGUGGGUGCGGGUGCGGGUGCGGGUGCGGGUGCGGGUGGACGCGCCUCGAAUGGGACAAUGUUCAGGCUUGGGAAUGUGGCAGAGGCGGACAUUGACUCCAACGUGAGUGUGGGUGUGUGUGUGUGCGCGCGCAAAGACCCCCUCAUCUCAUCUCGUUCUACUUGGGACGGAGCAGGCGCUGGAGAUGGAGAGGAGGAGAUUGUUGGGUUUGGAACGCAUGCUGUUGGAAAGCGUGGGAUUCGAAUUCGGAGCUUCGAACAGGGUUCAGAGGACUUUGAGAUAUCUGAUCAAGAUGAUGCGCAAGUUGGGCCUGGGCGUGGGCGUGGGUGGGCAGAGUGCGAGCGGGUCAGAUGGUGGAGCAGCAGCAGCAGCAGCGAAAGAAGCGAGGGAUCAAGCGUCGCACUGGCAACAAGAACAAGCAUCGCAGCAUUUCGACUUUGAAUCGACGGCUUGGCAAGUGUUGACGGAUCUGUUUAGGACUUGGCAUUGCUUGCAGUACACGCCCAUCACGCUGGCCAUCACUGCCAUCUAUGCCACCGCCUUGCUGUGGCAGGACAGUGUGGUGGCUGUAGGUGUGCAAGCGAGCAACGGCAGGGGCGACAACGACGACGACGACGACGACGCUGUGACGGAGGGGCAGGAGCAGCAGGAGGCGCGAGGACAAAGGUUUACCAGCAGACUUGUGGAUGCGAAAGAGUGCGGAUGCGCUCUUGUGCGCAGGAUCAGGAGAGUGGUGGAAGGAUUGGAAGGGCAAGAAGAGCAAGAGCAGGAGCAGGAGCAGGAGCAGGAGCAUUGCGAAGAGUUGCGCCGCAUGAUCAGAGAUCAGCUCAAGGUUCACAUCGAAGAUGUUCACGGUGAGUAGGCUUGAACGCAGUGCCAUGUACCAUGUACGCCAUCGAACGCGCGCACGUAUAAUGAUGUCACCCAAAUCCCCUUUUUGAUUGCGCCUUUGCUCUUGAAAAGAGGUGCUGCAUGGUCUAUUGGACAUGUACAGCUCCUCCAUCUCUGCUCUGACCACCAGCACGCCCUAUACUACCCCAGCCACGCCCGCCACGCCCGCCUCUCCCUCCGACCAACUCGCUCACCUUUCCGGCAAUGCCAACGCUUCGUCCAUCACUACUCAUAGAGCAGGCCGACCAACUGCGCGCCCUCAAGCUAACAAAUCCUUUCAGACGGCGACGGCGGCGCAGCAAGUGGAGAGCGAGAAUCAUUGGUUCAGGCUAGCUAGGGAAGCUCAGGCGGACGUGCUUGGACAUGGACAAGUCGAGAGGAGAAAUGCAAGUGGGAGCAGCGGAGGAAAAGAGGCAAAGAACAAGGCUAGGAGUCUACCCAAGGAAGCCGUCGCUCCUCCUCCAUUGGGCUUACUGGCGCUCUUCGAAAAGGAGCAGAGCGCACUUUUUGUUGCGACUGGUACGAGCGGAGCGCGAGCGCGUGGACAUGGGACGAACAUGCAAGCGGUCAGAGGCAAUCGGACCGCUGCUGGUCCGGCUACAAGCGCUACAAGGGGCGCAACUUCCGUCAGCGAAUUGUUGAGUUGCAUCAUGGAGCUCAAGAUUGCGCUUAGGGAACGCGAAGAUGAACGUUUGAAGAGGGACUUGAGAUUGUUGGGGUUGCUGGGAGGUCCGCUCGAAGAGAAGAAAGAGGAUCACGGCGCCUCGUCGGGUCGACUAAUCGACGUUCAGAUGGAUCGCGCCGGGCACGAGAGUCAAAGGACGAAGAAACGAUGCAGGAGUAGAGGCGGAGCUGCAGUCGGAGUCGGAGAAGCGGCUUCUUCAUCGCGCGCGUGGGAGGAAGAGGAAGAAGGUGCAGCAUUGUCGCUUCGAGCAGCUAAGAGGAGAAGAGAAAAAUCGAGCUUGUGCUUGACCAUGAGAGCUUUUGAAGGGUGCAACGUGAGGGCUGAAGAGGCUCCAAAGGGGCUCAAACAUGCCGCUGGACUUGAUGGGCACGAUGGCGCGACGGCGGCCACAAAGCGAGAAGAUGCAUCGCGCUCAAGCAAUCAGAAAGACGUCGAGUUUUCUGCCGGUCAGACUACUCAGUUACCUUUGGGCUCCGACGCGAGCGCAAACAAUGUCCAGAAUGCCCAAACUUUAUCAUUGGCGGCAAUUCGGCAAGCAAAUGCGGAUGCGGAUGCGGAUGCGGAUACGAGUGUUCAGCAGCCGGCGCUCGCGCCUCCGCAGCAACAAGAACAGGAUAAGAGAAACCUCGUCACGCUCACGCGCUUCUUGUUCUGA